GCUCAACCUUCAGAGAGAAAGAGAGAUGGGCGAGAGAAAAGCGAAUUGCAAGAAAAGAGACGCAGAAGACGCAGAGUGCGAAGCUUCGAGCACAAGCUUCAGGUCUCUGAAAAGGAUGAGACUCGGUACUGACUCAGUCGACUCCCACGGCGUCUACGGGUCAUCGUCACAGGUGACCAAGGUUUUUCCACCGGCCUAUUCCGACUCAUCUUCCGGCGGGUGUUCCGCCUCCUCCGCCGGAGAAAACGAUGAUCAGAGCUCGAGCGUCUGCUCCGGCUGUUCUAGCAGGGAGACAAACGAACUCGCGAAGGAUGAACUGAAAUUUGUAGAUCCGAAGGCUCCUCAAAUUUCAGAAACCGAAAUCUCAACGUGCAUCACCAACAAUUUCAGAGAGGAGAGGGUUCCGGCGAGGGAGUUUUCGGGAGAAGCGGCGGAAAUGGAUUCCAGGUCUACGGCGACGGCGACGCGUGACCGAAGAAAACCACCGGCGGCAAGCAAGAGUCCGACAGAGGCUGAGCUUGAGGAGUUCUUCUCCGGAGCAGAGAAGUACGAGCAGAAGCGAUUUGCAGAGAAGUACAACUACGACGUUGUCAAGGACACGCCGCUUGAAGGUCGGUACCAGUGGGUUCAUUUGAAGCCAUAGAAGACGAAGAAAGAAGAAGAAACAGAGAUGCUAAUGUUACGCGUUGUAGUACCGUGAGUUUGUCACAGAAUCGAGAGGUUCUUUCCUUUCUUCACGUCUAUUCUCUCUCUCUCUCUGUACAAAACCGAAAAGUACGAACAAAAGAACAGAAGCUGCCUUUCUGCAAUUUCUCAGCUUAACAAAAUCUCAAAUUUUUUGUUCUGGGUUUCUUUAGUACAUAUGCAAUUUUGCAAUCGUGCAAGUAAUUUUGAUAAUUUUCUCAA